AUGACUUUCUUUAUAUUCUUUCAUUUUUUAUUUUUCUUUUGUUCUUCAUUUUAUCUCUGUCAUUUUUCAUUUAUUUUUCGCUUUCUUUUUUGUUCCUUUCUUUUUUUUCUAUUUCGUUUUUCUGUUUAUUCUAUUUUAUAUUUUUCUUAUAUUUCUUUCUUAGUUUUUCCUUCUUUUUUCGAUUUUCUUCCUUCUUUCUUUGUCUGGUUCAUUUUUUUUUUCUUAUUCUUUUUUAAUUUUUAUCUUUUCUUGGUUUUUCUUCUUUUUCCUUCCUUCCUUCCUUCCUUCCUUCCUUUCUUUUUUUUCUUAUUUCUUUCUUUCUUUCUUUCUUUCUUCUUUCUUUCUGCAAAAGAAAAUACUUCUCUUCUCCACUUUUCUUUUAAACUCAUUUGUUCACAUUUUCAUUUCUUUCUUUCUUUCUUUCUUUCUUUUCUGUCUUUAAUCCAUUUCUUUGCGUUUCUUUUCUUUCAUUUCGUUCGCGUUUCCAAGUCUUUCUUUCUUUCUUUCUUUAUUUAUUUAUUUAUUUAUCUAUUUAUUUAUUUAUUUAUUUCAUACUAUCCCUUUUUUUCAUUCAUGCUCCUUUCUUUAUUUCCUUCUUUUUUCUUUAUUUAUUUCUCAACCUCUUAA